AUGCCUAAUGUAAGUGAGUUCUCUACUUUUCUUCUCCUGGGUUUUUCUGACCAAUUUGAGCAAAAUAUGCUAUAUUUCACUCUCUUUUUAGUGAUCUAUAUAGCAGCUUUGAUAGCAAAUGCCCUCAUCAUUUUAGCAGUGUCUUUCCACCAACAACUUCAUAAACCCAUGUACUUUUUCUUAGUGAAUUUAUCAGUUGUUGAUCUUGGCUCUAUUUCUGUCACUAUUCCGAAAGCCAUGAUAAAUGCAUUCUUGAACAGCAGAGAGAUCUCAUACUACGGGUGCAUCACACAAGUAUUUUCUUUAUUCUUCUUCCUGAUCUCAGAUUUGUUCCUUCUCACAGGCAUGGCAUAUGAUAGAUACAUUGCUAUCUGUGACCCACUGCAUUACGAAAGCAUAAUGGACAGGAAAGCUUGCCUUCAGCUGGCAGCCAUUGCAUGGAUAAUUGGUUUUCUUUAUUCAGCCUUGCAUACUUGUAGCACUUUUGCAGUCACCUUUUGUUCCAAUGUUGUGAAUCAGUUCUUCUGUGAAAUCCCACAGCUUCUGAAGGUAUCAUGUGAUAAUUCAUACCUGAUUGAAGUUGGAGUUAUUCUAUUCAGUGCAUUCAUCGUCUUUGGUUGUUUCAGUUUCAUAAUUGUUUCAUAUGUGCAGAUUUUCAAAUCUGUGUUUAGAAUUCCUACUUCUCAAGGACAGAGCAAAGCUUUCUCAACUUGCAUUCCCCAUCUCAUUGUUGUCUCCUUGUUUAUCAGCACUGGAAGUGUUGCCUAUCUAAAGCCUACUUCAGACUUUCCUUCAAAUAUGGACACAGUAAUCACUGUAUUAUAUUCUGUUGUUCCUCCUUUGAUGAAUCCAAUUAUUUAUACAAUGAGGAACAGAGAAAUCAAAGUUGCCUUGUGGAAAAUGUUUAAGUGUGACAUUACAUCAAGGAAUCUAUCAUUAUUGUUCAUUUCCAAAUGGUUUUCUAAUAUUAAAGUAUUAUUUUUAGAAAGAAAAACCAAUUUCACAAACAGAUGGCACAAUGAAAGUAAAUAG